AUGGCGCGAUUUCUCAAGAGGAAAGUGGAUACAUCUUCCGAACUAAUUGAUUUGGAUACUCUUACUUCGGAUCCGUAUGAUCGCAAGCCGAUAGAAUCAUAUAACGUGAAUCAACGGGAUGAGAUUAGAAGGGCAUAUAUACUAAGAGGACCGUAUCAACCAAGAGGUAUCGAAUUCCCACAAACAACGUUUCAAGGAGCCACUUCGGAGAUCAUAGAGACACAUUUAUGUGCGGUGGGUAUAACAAUUGGAAAAAGGACCACUAAGGAGAAACAUGAAUACCGACUUAGACUUACUGCUUCUACUUUGCUUGGGAAAAGGUUGUUGAAUGGCGGAUUGGCGUUUCGUGGACAUGAUGAAUCAAAAGAUUCAUUAAAUAAAGGGAAUUUCUUAGAGCUUUUAGAACUCAUGGGUGAAAUGAAUGAAGAGCUUGCUAACGUUAUCUUAGAGAAUGCACCCGCGAAUAACCAAAUGACAAGUCCUAAAAUUCAAGCGGACAUCAAACAUUGUUAUGCUCAAGAGAUGAAUCAUGUGAUGUAUCAAAAAAAAGAACAAAUGGCGGUUGUUAUUCGUUUUGUUGAUAAAGUUGGGAUUGUUAAGGAGCGUUUUAUUGGGCUUGUUUAUGUCAAAGAGACAAGCGCAAUAACACUCAAAACGGCUAUUGAUGAUAUAUUGGCACGUUAUGGGUUAAGUUUGAAAAGGAUUAGAGGCCAAGGCUAUGACGGGGCAAAUACGUUGUCCCAAUGUCUUCAAAGAAAUGAGCAAGAUUUGAUGAAUGCGGUUAAAUUGGUUUCUUCCACCAAAAACCAACUUGAAAAGUUUAGGUUGGAAGGUUUUAGUGAGUUCUUGGAGAAGGUUAACUCCUUUUGUGACAUGUAUGAACUUGAGGUGAAAAAAUUGGAUGAUGAAUACGUUAACCCAAGGUGGCCAAGAAGAAAGACGAACAUCACAAAUCGGCAUUAUUACGAGUAUGAUUGCUUCAAUGCGGUUCUUGAUUUGCAAAUACAAGAAUUUGGGAACCGUUUUAAAGAGGUAACAUCGGAACUACUUAUUUGUAUGAGUUGUUUGAGUCCUUGUGAUAAUAUUAGUGCAUUUGACAUUCCAAAUAUACUAAAGCUAGCCGAGAAGUAUCCAUAUGAUUUCAUUGAAGAGGAAAAACGAAGGCUUCCGGUUCAACUCGGAAACUACUUUAAUUUUGUGAAAAAAGAUAAACAAUUCGCCAACUUGGAUGGUUUGUCAAGUCUUGUAAGGUUAAUGGUUUUAACAAAUAUGCACGUAACUUUUACAUUGGUAUAUCGGUUAUUGAAACUUGUUCUCGUAUUACCCGUCGAAACCGCAACCGUUGAAAGAUGUUUUUCGGCAAUGAAGAAUGUGAAGACCGACUUACGUAAUCGGAUUGGGGAUGAGAAUUUAAGUGAUAGUUGUCAACUUGUUGCUUUUGUUGUGCUUGUUCUUGAGGCUUUUGCUGUAGUUCAAACAACGCCAAUUCUUCUGGUUUCUCCCGCUGCAUAA